CCUUGACAAGCGAGCAAAACUCACGUGCUGCUGGUUUUAGGGGAAAAAGCCAAUUUAAUAAGUAACAUUUACCGGGGCUACUCUAAGAUUUGCUCGUAUAUUUUCCAAUAGUAAUAGUUUUUCUCCACAUAUAUAUUUUUUUUGUCGUUUGGUUGUCUUCAUGUGGGCAUCGCCUGCUAUCCAAUGAUGAGGACCCCUCUUCUGCUUCUCAGCAGAAGCUGUAAGUCUGUUCACAGACUGCAACAAAGCCCAUUUUUCUCACCAUUAACAGCUCUAUCGAGGCAGCAGAGGAUCGCUGUGUUGAGAUACUCGAGCACCCAUUCCUGCGAAGACGACAAGAGUUACUACAUAACUACUCCCAUCUUCUAUGUCAACGCUUCUCCUCAUUUGGGACACCUGUAUUCAGCCGUGAUAGCUGACUGCUUACACAGGUACAAGCUUCUGCAGGGUUUCAACUCAAAGUUUGCAACAGGCACAGAUGAACAUGGCUUGAAAAUCCAACAAGCUGCCGAAGCUGCCGGAAAAGAUCCCUUGACCUUCUGCACGGAUGUGUCGGAGAGAUUCAAACAUCUGUUCGACAGCUGCAACAUAUCGUAUACAGACUACAUAAGAACCACUGAGCACAGACACCGACAGGCCGUGAAGCAUUUCUGGUCAGUGCUCUGUGACAAAGGGCUCAUCUAUAAGGGGAGCUAUGAAGGCUGGUACUCCACCCAAGAUGAAAGCUUCCUCACGGCGUCGCAGUUGGCCGAUGCUUUGGACUCUUCAGGGAAGGAGAUCAAAGUAUCACUGGAGAGUGGCCACAAGGUGGAGUGGAUGAAAGAGGAGAACUACAUGUUCCGUUUGUCUGCGUUUCGGUCUCAGCUGCUCGACUGGCUCAGAGGAAAUCCCGGGUCCGUUCAGCCCGAGCGUUUCUACCAUGCCGUCCUCCAGUGGCUGCAGGAGGACCUUCCUGACCUCUCGGUCUCCCGCCAGAGAAGCCGCCUCCAGUGGGGCAUCCCAGUCCCAGGGGAUGCUGAACAGACCAUCUACGUGUGGUUAGAUGCACUGGUGAACUACCUCACAGUAGCUGGCUAUCCAGAUAAACACGACCAAUGGUGGAACAUGGCGCACCACGUUGUUGGAAAGGACAUCUUAAAAUUUCAUACCAUCUACUGGCCAGCUUUUCUUCUCGGGGCUGGACUGCCGCUGCCACAGACGAUAUAUGUGCACUCUCACUGGACAGUAGGGGGAAAGAAGAUGUCCAAAAGUUUGGGUAAUGUGGUGGAUCCUCUUGAACGCUCACAGAUGUUCACAACUGAUGGCAUGAGGUACUUUCUUCUGCGUCAGGGAGUUCCGGACUCGGACUGCGAUUACACAGACAACAAAGUUAUCAAGCUGCUCAACGCAGAGCUCGCCGACUCUCUGGGCGGUCUGCUGAACCGCUGCACAGCUCCAGCUCUUAACCCAGUUCAGGUCUACCCGUCUUUCUGCCCUCAGUCCUUCCCAAGUGAACAGGGUGGCAGGGCCGUGGUCGAGGACUACCACAUGUUGGAUGCUGUAAGAAACCUCCCGGCCGUGGUGGAGCAGCACUACGAGAGCACGCAUGUGUACAAAGCUCUGGAGGCCAUCGCUGCCUGUGUGAGGAAGACCAACGGGUUUGUUCAGCGCCACGCACCUUGGAAGCUGGACAGGAGGGACAGUGAAGACCAGCGCUGGCUAGACACCAUCAUCCAUGUCUCCCUCGAAUGCCUGAGGAUUUAUGGCACACUCCUCCAGCCAAUAGUGCCGGGGAUUUCUAACAAGCUGCUGUCCAGACUCGGGGUGCGGCCAGGCGAGAGGAGCUGGGCAGAUGUGAAUUUCCUGCCGAGGUAUCGGGGAAUGGACUGUCCCUUUGAAGGCAGAGCGCUAGGAUCGGACUCCGGAGUGCUUUUUAGUCGCUUGGAAAGUCAGAAUUUAGAUAAACAAAAACCUAAGAAAACCAAGACAGCAAACUCGAUAUGAGGAAAUGAUGUCUUAGUCAUUGCAGUAAUGUUGCAGAUGUUGUUCACUUAUCAUUAAUACUCAUGCUGAAAGUAGAAGUCGUCCAACUCCCAACAGGCUUUUUUCAUGGCCGACAUUUUAAAAUGUCGCAGUCGGAAAAACAAAAAUGUAAAUAAAAUGAAUGACUGAAUUCGAUUUCACUUCCUCAUUUUCGGGGUCCUGAUCCGGUGCAUGCUGGCUUACAGAGCAACCAAUGUUAUUUUUAAACCUGUGCUUCUCUUACCAUGUCAAGUCAAGCUACUAUAAUUUAGCAUUAGGAAAAGCCGAUGUUUGGGGAUAUAAGAAUUCUUUCCAUCACCUUUUCAUGAAAGAUUUCAUUAAGUUGUUUAAAUACAGGCAGCCAACACAAGGACAAGACAUAAAACUGACAUGAUUUUUUUUAAUGAGAAAUACACGAAACUGAAAAAAUUGUACAAAUUGAAAUAAAAUAAAAAAUUGCAUUAUUCGUAUAAUUUCUGGUACUUUUUUUACAUAGACUUUUCCAUUAUUAACCAUUAUCCGUUAACUUCCGAGCAGGAUCCCUCCUUUGAUCAUCCAUAAUUACACGACUGAAGUCAAGAUAUUUUCUGAUCGAGAUGGGAUUUGGUUCAUCGGUUUGGUGGUCCUUUGUGCCUUUAACAGCCUCCACGGGACUGGACACACGUAUCCGUCACUCUACAGAGCCGAGCCUAUUCUUCACACCGUACUAUGAACGAGCACGCUCAGUAAUACGAGUUGGUGCCCUGUCCUGGUUGUGUAUCUGAAAAGAGAGGGAACAUUUUGUUAUAAACAUUCUGUUAUUCAUCAAUAAAAGAGAUGGAAAGGAUGACAACACAUCUUGAAAGUAUCUGACUCACUUGAAAGUUGCUGUUGCAGCUGUCGGACCAGAGCUGCAGUCUGCUGCUGCUGUUGAGUCUGCUGCAUUCCCUGUCGAGGGAACUAAAACACAGAUACACACAUUGUUACUUUAGCAAUUUAUGAUAUUUUAUCCC